GCAGGCGUGCGCUGGAGUCAGGAGGGCGCACUGGGGAUUGGAGGCGAGGUGAGUGCUGGGCGCCUCCCAGGCGGCGGGGCUCCCAGCAUCGGCAGUCGCCACCACCGCCAGGCCGCAGAGACAGGUUCGGGUCCGCGGUCCUCUUGCCUCUUUCCAGGCCUCGAUGAGUGUUAAAUCGCCAUUUAAUAUGAUGUCAAGAAAUAAUUUGGAAGCACCUCCUUGUAAGAUGACAGAGCCAUUUAAUUUUGAGAAAAAUGAAAACAAGCUUCCACCACAUGAGUCUUUAAGAAGUCCUGGAACACUUCCUAACCACCCUAAUUUCAGGCUGAAAAGCUCAGAGAAUGGAAAUAAAAAGAACAAUUUUUUGCUUUGUGAGCAAACCAAACAAUAUUUGGCUAGUCAGGAAGACAAUUCAGUUUCUUCAAACCCUAAUGGCAUCAACGGAGAAGUAGUUGGCCCCAAAGGAGACAGGAAAAAAUUGCCAGCAGGAAACUCGGUGUCACCACCAAGUGCUGAAAGUAAUUCACCACCCAAAGAAGUGAAUACUAAGCCCGGAAAUAAUGUACGUCCUGCAAAAUCAAAAAAACUAAACAAGUUGGUCGAGAAUUCCUUGUCCAUAAAUAAUCCAGGGCUCUUCACCUCCUUAGGACCUCCUCUUCGGUCCACAACUUGCCAUCGCUGUGGUCUGUUUGGAUCGCUGAGGUGCUCUCAGUGCAAGCAGACCUACUAUUGCUCCACAGCAUGUCAGAGAAGAGACUGGUCUGCACACAGCAUCGUGUGCAAGCCUGUUCAGCCAAAUUUCCACAAACUUGAUAAUAAAUCAUCUAUUGAAACAAAGGAUGUGGAGGUAAACAAUAAGAGUGACUGUCCACUUGGAGUUACUAAGGAAAUAGCCAUUUGGGCUGAGAGAAUAAUGUUUUCUGAUUUGAGAAGUCUACAACUCAAGAAAACCAUGGAAAUAAAGGGUACAGUUACCGAAUUCAAACACCCAGGGGACUUCUACGUGCAGUUAUAUUCUUCAGAAGUUUUAGAAUACAUGAACCAACUCUCUGCCAGCUUAAAAGAAACAUAUGCAAAUAUGCAUGAAAAAGACUAUAUUCCUGUUAAGGGGGAAGUUUGUAUUGCCAAGUACACUGUUGAUCAGACCUGGAACAGAGCAAUCAUACAAAACGUUGAUGUGCAGCAAAAGAAGGCACAUGUCUUAUAUAUUGAUUAUGGAAAUGAAGAAAUAAUUCCAUUAAACAGAAUUUACCACCUCAACAGGAAUAUUGACUUGUUUCCUCCUUGUGCCAUAAAGUGCUUUGUAGCCAAUGUUACCCCAGUAGAAGGGAAUUGGAGCAAUGAUUGUAUCAAAGCUAUUAAACCACUGUUAAUGGAGCAGUACUGCUCCAUAAAGAUUGUCAACAUCUUGGAAGAGGAAGUGGUUACUUUUGCUGUAGAAGUUGAGCUGCCAAAUUCAGGAAAACUUUUAGACCAUGUGCUUAUAGAAAUGGGAUAUGGCUUGAAACCCAAUGGACAAGAUUCUAAGAAGGAAAAUGGAGAUCAAAGUGAUCCUGAAGAUGUUGGAAAAAUGACAACUGAAAACAACAUUGUCGUAGACAAAAGUGACCUAAUCCCAAAAGUGUUAACUUUGAAUGUAGGUGAUGAGUUUUGUGGUGUGGUUGCCCACAUUCAAACACCAGAAGACUUCUUUUGUCAACAACUGCAAAGUGGCCGAAAGCUUGCUGAACUUCAGGCAUCCCUUAGCAAGUACUGUGGUCAGUUGCCUCCACGCUCUGAUUUUUAUCCAGCCAUUGGUGAUAUAUGUUGUGCUCAGUUCUCAGAGGAUGAUCAGUGGUACCGUGCCUCUGUUUUGGCUUACGCUUCUGAAGAAUCUGUACUGGUCGGAUAUGUAGAUUAUGGAAACUUUGAAAUCCUUAGUUUGAUGAGACUUUGUCCCAUAAUCCCAAAGUUGUUGGAAUUGCCAAUGCAAGCUAUAAAGUGUGUACUAGCAGGAGUAAAGCCAUCAUUAGGAAUUUGGACUCCAGAAGCUGUUUGUCUCAUGAAAAAACUUGUACAGAACAAAAUAAUCACAGUGAAAGUGGUGGACAAGUUGGAAAACAGUUCCCUGGUGGGGCUUAUUGAUAAAUCCGAGAUGCCUCAUGUCAGUGUUAGCAAAGUUCUCAUAGAUGCAGGCUUUGCUGUGGGAGAACAGAGUAUAGUGACAGAUAAACCCAGUGACGUGAAAGAAACCAGUGUUCCCUUGGGUGUGGAAGGAAAAGUAAAUCCAUUGGAGUGGACAUGGGUUGAACUUGCUGUUGACCAAAUAGUAGAUGUUGUGGUCUGUGUGAUAUAUAGUCCUGGAGAAUUUUAUUGCCAUGCGCUUAAAGAGGACGCUUUAAAGAAACUCAAUGAUUUGAACAAGUCAUUAGCAGAACAUUGCCAGCAGAAGUUACCUAAUGGUUUCAAGGCAGAGAUAGGACAACCUUGUUGUGCUUUUUUUGCAGGUGAUGGUAAUUGGUAUCGUGCUUUAGUCAAGGAAAUCUUACCAAAUGGACAUGUUAAAGUACAUUUUGUGGAUUAUGGAAACAUCGAAGAAGUUACUGCAGAUGAACUCCGAAUGAUAUCAUCAACAUUUUUAAACCUUCCCUUUCAGGGAAUACGGUGCCGGUUAGCAGAUAUACAGUCUAGAAACAAACAUUGGUCUGAAGAAGCCAUAACAAGAUUCCAGAUGUGUGUUGCUGGGAUAAAAUUGCAAGCCAGAGUGGUUGAAGUCACUGAAAAUGGGAUAGGAGUUGAACUCACCGAUCUCUCCACUCGUUAUCCCAGAAUCAUUAGUGAUGUUCUGAUAGAUGAACAUGUGGUUUUGAAAUCUGCUCCACCACAUAAAGACUUACCAAAUGACAGACUUGUUACUAAACAUGAGCUUCAAGUUCAUGUACAGGGACUUCAAGCUACCUCUUCAGCUGAGCAAUGGAAGACGAUUGAAUUGCCAGUGAAUAAAACUAUACAAGCAAAUGUAUUAGAAAUCAUAAGCCCAAACUUGUUUUAUGCUCUACCAAAAGGGAUGCCAGAAAAUCAGGAAAAGCUGUGCAUGUUGACAGCUGAAUUAUUAGAAUACUGCAAUGCUCCGAAAAGUCGACCACCCUAUAGACCAAGAAUUGGAGAUGCAUGCUGUGCCAAAUACACAAGUGAUGAUUUUUGGUAUCGUGCAGUUGUUCUGGGGACAUCAGACACUGAUGUGGAAGUGCUCUAUGCAGACUAUGGAAACAUUGAAACCCUGCCUCUUUGCAGAGUGCAACCAAUCACCUCUAGCCACCUGGCGCUUCCUUUCCAAAUUAUUAGAUGUUCACUUGAAGGAUUAAUGGAAUUGAAUGGAAGCUCUUCUCAAUUAAUAAUAAUGCUAUUAAAAAAUUUCAUGUUGAAUCAGAAUGUAAUGCUUUCUGUGAAAGGAAUUACAAAGAAUGUCCAUACAGUGUCAGUUGAGAAAUGUUCUGAGAAUGGGACUGUCGAUGUAGCUGAUAAGCUGGUGACAUUUGGUCUGGCAAAAAACAUCACACCUCAGAGGCAGAGUGCUUUAAAUACAGAAAAGAUGUAUAGGAUGAAUUGCUGCUGCACAGAGUUACAGAAACAAGUUGAAAAACAUGAACAUAUUCUUCUCUUCCUCUUAAACAAUUCAACCAAUCAAAAUAAAUUUAUUGAAAUGAAAAAACUGUUAAAAAGUUAAGUAAGUUAAAUUUUAUGUUUUUGCCUCUUCUGUGAUCACCAAUAGGACAUCUUCAGGCAUAUUGUCAGGAUAGAGCUAACGGAGUGAAACCUAUUGUAAGUCUGUAUUUUUGUGAUUUAAUGACCCGAGGUUUGGUCAUAAUGUUUCUGCUGUUUUUGUAGGUUUAUCUGAUCGUUUUCCUUUGCCACUGCUAACGGAACUGAACCCCCAGGGGUAUUCCAGUUGUAAUAGCCUUUCCUUACUGUUAUUUGGUUUUGUGAAUGCCUAUGUUAUUGAUAUGUGGAGGGACUUGCAAAACUUGUGACAUAAAGCUUAGCCUCAGAUUUUUUGUCUCGAUCUGAAAUUAACUCAGAUCUCACUUAUGCACAUUGCCGUAAAUAUGUUUAGCACUUUUUGCGAGGGGUAUCUAAAGGGCCAAGAACGGAAAGUGGGCUGCACUGAGGGUAUUUUUCAUUUAAAAACAAAACAUACUCCCUACUUUUGGCUGUGGUGAUUCUGGUGUCUAAAGAACAUACUGGUGAGUUUUAAACCAGUGUUCUUCCCCACCCCACCCCCAUUUUUUAAAUGUCUGGGAUCCUUUGUUGUAAGAUGGCUCUCAGAAAUAAAUUUUUGAUUAAAAGCCAAUUAGAACUUCUGAUCAGGGCUGGAGGUGGUGGGCUCACACCUGUAAUUCUAGCACUUUGGGAGGCUGAGGCGGGCAGAUCAUCUGAGCCCAGGAGUUCGAAGUCAGCCUGGCCAAGAUGGUGAAACACUGCCUCUACUUAAAAUACAAAAUUAGCUGGGCACGGUGGUGCAUACCUGUUAUCCCAGCUACUUGGGAGGCUGAGACAGAAGAAUUGCUUGAAUCCAGGAGGCGGAGGUUGCAGUGAGCCAAGACUGUGCUAUUUUACUCCAGCCUGGGCGACAGAGUGAGACUUUGUCUCAUAAAAACAACAACAACAACAAAAAACAACUUCUAAUCUCAGAAUAAAGUUGUCUCUCCUCACCACUUUGAGUUGUUAUAGUUCCAGCCAAAAGCAAAGGAACUUUGAUUUACUUAAUAUGUGCACUUUUAUUGGUUAACAAGUUUAUAUUAGACUGUUUGGAAAUAGUUCAAGAGCUGGCCGUAUUACUCUUCAUGAAUCGUUUAUGGGUGUAGUAACUCUCAAGUAGGAACCAACUGCCAACUGUGUUAAAACAUAUCUUUCAUGUGGUAAUAGACUGUUUCUUUGUUUUUUAAGAAAGGUCAACUGAAUUAUAAGCUAAAUGUAAUUAAUGCAAGAUCAACUAUCUUGAUUCUCAUAUUUCCUUUUACAAAUUUUGGGUUAUUACAACUUUCAGUCCUUUCUAAUAUAUUGUCUUAAUACUGACUGUUUUGUGUGUUUGAGCUUAAAAUCUUUUUUUUUGGAGAUGGAGUCUUGCUCUGUCACCCAGGCUGGAGUGCAAUGGCGUGAUCUCGGCUCACUGCAACCUCUGCCUCCCAGGUUCACCCAAUUCUCCCACGUCAGCCUCCCGAGUAGCUGGGACUAUAGGCGCACACUGCCAUGCCCGGCUAAUCUUAAACUUAAUGGUGAUUUUAAUUUCAUAGAUCAAGGAACAUGCAAUGACAUGGAUUUCUGGAAUUUAG